AUGAACAAAGGAAAAUCAACAAAAAAUGCAUGUACAGUUCCAAAAGAUGCAGAAGGUCGUCGACGUAUCAAUAUCCACCAAAUGCAAAACGUUCUUCUAAUCUGGUUAGACAGUAACAUUGACGAAACCAAUGAUGAUUGUCAAAACACCAUCACAAAAUUACGACGUGCUGUUAACGAUAUCAAUAUAUAUACAAAUCGAGAUCAAUGCAUUGAAUUCAUUCAAACAGUCAUCGAUAACAAGGUAUGCAUGAUCGUAUCAGGAUCGCUUGGACAACAAAUUGUGCCUCGUGUGCACAAUAUGUCUCAAGUUGAUUCGAUAUUUAUUUUUUGUGGUAAUAAAAAAUAUCAUGAACAGUGGGCCAAAGAUUGGGCCAAAAUAAAGGGCGUCUUCACAGAUAUUAAAUCCAUUUGUGAAGCACUCAAAUCGACAGCUCAACAAUGUGAACAAAAUGCCAUUCCCAUGAGUUUCGUGGGAACGAAUAAAAAGUUGGAUCAAUUAGAUCCUUCUUUUAUGUACACUCAAAUCAUUAAAGAAAUCAUAUUAACCAUCCAAUUCGACCAAAAUCAUAAACAAGAUUAUUUCGAUUACUGUCGUGAGACUUUUACUGACAGUAAAGAGGAAUUGAUUAAUAUUAAGCGAUUAGAAGAUGAAUACCACAAGAAAACACCCAUUUAUUGGUACACCUGUCAAAUGUUCUUGUAUCCCAUGCUCAAUCGUGCACUACGAUUGAUGGAUGGUGAUAUCAUUACACGUAUGGGCUUCUACAUUGGUGAUUUACAUCGCCAGAUUGAACAACUACACAAGGAACAAUAUGCUGGUGCAACUGCUGCUAACACCUUUACCGUUUAUCGUGGUCAAGGCUCAUCUACAGAGGAUUUCGAACAAAUGAGCAAAACUAAAGGUGGACUUAUUUCAUUCAACAACUUCUUAUCUACCAGUACGAUUCGCAAAGUUUCACUAGAUUUUGCUCAAGAUGCUGCCAGAAAUCCAGAUCAAGUUGGUGUACUUUUUAUCAUGAAAGUUAAUCCUGCUCAAUCAACAACACCAUUUGCUUCAAUUGCUGGUAUCAGUGAAUUCAAAGGAGAAGAGGAAGUCUUGAUUUCGAUGCAUAGCGUGUUUCGUAUCCAGGAUAUUAAACAAAUGGGUGGAAAUAAUCGUUUAUAUGAAGUUAAUUUAGUACUGACUGCUGACAACGAUCCAGAAUUGAGCAGGCUUACUGAUUACAUUCGACAAGAGAAUUCUCCAGACGCUGAAGGAUGGGCACGGUUGGGUUUGGUACUAUUUAAAAUGGGUCAAUUUGACAAAGCGGAAGAGAUUUAUCAAGUUUUACUUGAUCAGACGAAGUAUGAUAAAAACAAGGCACCUAUUUAUGAUCAGCUUGGUUCAAUCAAAGAUGAUCAAGGAAAAUAUGAAGAAGCACUUACAUUCUAUGAGAAAUCACUUGCUAUCUAUCAAAAAACUCUUCCACCAAAUCAUCCUAAUUUGGCUAAUUCCUACAACAACAUUGGUAAUGUGCAUGACAACAUGGGUAAUUAUCCAAAAGCACUUUCAUCUCAUGAAAAAGCCCUUGAAAUUCGACAACAAUUACUUCCUCCCAAUCAACUUAGCUUGGCUGCUUCCUACAACAACAUUGGUGCAGUGCAUUACAACAUGGGUAACUAUCCAAAAGCACUUUCUUAUUAUGAGAAAGAUCUUGAAAUCAAUCAACACUCACUUCCUCCUAAUCAUCCUGAUUUGAGUAUGUCCUACAACAACAUUGGUGAAGUGCAUAGAAACAUGGGUAAUUAUCCGAAAGCACUUUUAUCUCAUAAAAAAGCCCUUGAAAUUCGACAACAAUCACUUCCUCCAAAUCAUCCUGAUUUGGCUAAAUCCUAUAACAACAUUGGUAAUGUGCAUUACGACAUGGGUAAUUAUCCAAAAGCACUUUUAUUUCAUGAAAAAGCCUUUGACAUUCGACAACAAUCACUUCCUCCCAACCAUCCUGAUUUGGCUAAAUCCUACAACAACAUUGGUGAGGCGCAUGCCAAGAUGGGUAAUUACUCAAAAGCCCGUACAUUUUAUCAACAUGCUAUACAAAUUGCACAACAACUAUUACCUUCAAAUAAUCCGAAUCUACAAGAUUAUAAAAAUAACCUCGAAGACGUAAAAAACAAAUAA